GUGGGCAGGUAGGGUUUGAAGGAACAAGUGCAAAUGUGAGCUCAUCACUUCCAAUGCAGUUGGAGUUCGAAACGUAUUUUUCUCCAUUAAUUAAUACACCCAUUAAAUUACACCCCACAAAGCACACAUACAGCCUAAACUUUACCAUAAUUUGUGUAGACACACUGCAAGUUCUAAAGAAAGAGAGAUAUCGAUCACUCUCCCUCUGUUUCAAAAGAUUCCAAGAUCGGUUUCUUAUUAUUUAAAUAACACCCACGUUAAACCGCGAAAUGCGCAGCAUUUCGAGAGAAACCCCACCUGAAAAUACUCUGAAAGCUGUCGUCUUUCUUGCGGGAGUGAGGGGAAAAGUUUCAUUUUGAUGCAAGAAAGUGAAAAUGGAGGAAGAACUUAUCAGGCAUGGGAGAUCUUUAGCUGAAACACCAACAUGGGCUGUUGCUACUACUAUUACUUUCAUGGUUUUUGCUUGCUUGUUGGUUCAAAGAUCGAUUUACAGAUUUGGGAGGUGGUUGCAGAAGACAAGGAGAAAGGCGCUGUUAGCUUCUUUAGAAAAGAUCAAAGAAGAACUUAUGCUUCUUGGACUCAUAUCUUUGUUAUUGGGGCAAUGGGCAAGGGUGAUUUCACAGAUUUGUGUGGAUUCCUCACUCUUUAGUAGUAAAUUCUUCCUUUGCUCCAAAGAAGAUUUUGAGAUGGAAAAAAUUGUAAUUUUCUCAAGAUUCACUUCCUUUUCAAACGAGUCUGAUACACCUCCAGAAGGGCUUAAUACUCAUUUUCAUCAGUGUGGUGAGGGGAGAGAACCGUUUGUUUCUUAUGAAGGUCUUGAGCAACUUCACCGAUUCUUGUUUGUUCUUGGGAUCACUCAUGUUUUAUAUAGUUGUGUGUCUGUUGGUUUGGCCAUGAUUAGGAUAUACAGCUGGAGGAAAUGGGAAUAUCAAGCAAGCCUAUUGGCAGCCGAAAACUUGCAAGUGAGGAAGAUAAAAGUGAUGAGGCGCCAAGUGACUUUCAUUAAACACCAUGCAACACAUCCAUGGAGCAAGAGCCGGAUUCUUAUUUGGAUACUGUGCUUUCUAAGACAAUUCAAAAGUCCAAUGCAAAAGUCGGAUUAUGCGGCUUUGCGGUUGGGUUUCAUCACCACUCAUAAAUUGCCACUUUCUUAUAAUUUCCACAACUAUAUGGUACGAAGCAUGGAAGAUGAAUUUUAUGAAAUUGUGGGAAUUAGUUGGCCACUUUGGGCUUAUGCCAUACUAUGCAUCUUCAUAAACAUUCAUGGUCUUAAUAUUUACUUCUGGCUUUCUUUUGUCCCUGCCAUUCUUGUGUUGUUGGUGGGGACAAAACUUCAGCAUGUUGUCUCCUUAUUAGCUCUUGAAAUAGUGGAGACAAGGGGCCCAUCUGCUAGAGUAGCUCAAGUGAAGCCGAGUGAUGAGCUUUUUUGGUUUGGUAAACCAGAAAUAUUGUUACGAUUGAUACAAUUCAUCUCCUUUCAGAAUGCAUUUGAGAUGGCGACAUUCAUCUGGUCUGUGUGGGGAUUCAAACAAAGAUCAUGUUUCAUGAAGAAUCACACGAUGAUAGUUAUUAGGCUGACUUGUGGGGUUCUUGUCCAGUUUUGGUGUAGCUAUAGCACAGUGCCUUUGAAUGUCAUUGUUACACAGAUGGGUUCAAAGUGUAAGAAAGCAUUGAUAGCAGAAAGUGUUCGUGAAUCACUUCACAGUUGGUGUAAAAGAGUAAAAGAAAGAUCAAAAACACUUCACUCAGUUGCUACAAGGUCAACAUGUUCACUUGGGUCAACCAUCGAUGAAGGUGAUGAAGUAAUUACAGUGGCUUCAGGGACGUUAUCUCAGUCAUCAUCCACCGGAACACUUACUCAGAUGGAGGAUAACCGGAGCUCCGGCGAUGCCAACCACCCACCGGAGCAAGAACUUUCGUUCAGGAUGUCUGAAUAUUUGUCUGAUACGAUUAGACAUGCACCACCAAAUCAGGGCAUUGAAGAGCAUGAAGUUGAAGUUGAAGUUGAAACUCUUCAAGAUUUACUUCGUAAGACAUGAAAGUUUAAGUUCUUCAAUUGGAUAUUUAAGACAUUGGUGUUGGCAUAAACCCUAACUCGAGUUGACAUUACAUCCAAUAUUUCGUACUUUAGAGGUGAAAUAUUUCCUUUAAAUGUUGUUAUCAUUACUAAUAAACAAUAUUUACUUCAUAACCACAAACAUGCAUCAAGAAUCCUCUUCAGCAACCCUAAUUUCAUCUCAUAUACAUAAAAAAGAAGAAAUAGAGAUUAUAAAAGUGUUUAAUAUGCCAUUGAAGUCAUGAUUUUGUCACCUUUUAGCCAUUUGACUAGGUUUCAAACGAUUUCCAGGUUGCCACUUGCCACAUGGCUGUGAUGUGGCUCCUAGAAGACAAAUUUGAUUUUCCUCACGUCUCCUCUUCCUCUCGUCUAGGUAUCUUCCUUGUGUAUUUAGUCGAUAGAUAGUUCAAGGAUAACAAGAAUGAUAGAAGUAAUGAUUAUAUUAUAUACGAUUCAAAAGAAAAACUACACGUCCCAAUCAAGCUUAACACAUCAUGUCCUUACCAAAAAGGUACUAAACAAAACAUAGACUUCACUUAAUCAUUUCCUUCACAAAGCCAUGAGGCUGUCAAGGCGUCAGCACCCUUUGAUGAAGCUCGUUGAUGACAUUCACCCAAGCUUGAAGCUUCUCCACAUAUUUAUCUCUGCUCCCACCAAUAUAUAGUUGACAAAUCAUAUGUUGAGUGCUAUGAGGCAAUCCAGACAACUAUUUGUCUAUUUCUCCC